AUGGCGGCCGCUAAGGACGGUUGUGGCAUGGAAGUGACCGCGGGGAACGGGCGGCGGCUUCACCUGGGGAUUCCUGAGGCAGUAUUUGUGGAAGAUGUAGAUUCCUUCAUGAAACAGCCUGGGAAUGAGACUGCAGAUACAGUACUAAAGAAGCUGGAUGAGCAGUACCAGAAGUAUAAAUUUAUGGAACUCAAUCUUGCUCAAAAGAAAAGGAGGCUAAAGGGUCAGAUUCCUGAAAUUAAGCAGACUUUGGAAAUUUUAAAAUACAUGCAGAAGAAAAAAGAGUCCACCAGUUCACUGGAGACCAGGUUCUUAUUGGCAGAUAAUCUGUACUGCAAAGCUUCAGUUCCUCCUACUGAUAAAGUGUGUCUGUGGUUGGGGGCUAAUGUAAUGCUUGAAUAUGACAUUGAUGAAGCUCAGGCUUUGUUGGAAAAGAAUUUAUUGACAGCCACAAAGAAUCUUGAUUCUCUUGAAGAAGACCUUGACUUUCUUCGAGAUCAAUUUACUACCACAGAAGUCAAUAUGGCCAGGGUUUAUAAUUGGGAUGUAAAAAGAAGAAACAAAGAUGAUUCUGCCAAGAACAAAGUGUAA